UGUUAGCCAGCACAGUCGGCUGAAACAAUGGCGUCCCGUCAACAUGGCGGAGAUGAAAGUUUUUCUGAGCUUGGUAAUUUGCAUGGGACUAGUGCAGAAGAAUGACGUUCACGACUACUGGGCAACAGAUGAUGUUCAGGACACUCCAUUCUUCCGAGAACAAAUGUCCAGGGAUCGUUUUUUACUCAUUUUGAGUAACUUUCAUGUCACAGACAAUGAACUUCAGGUACCCAGAGGACAGGUGGGCUUUGAUCCGUUAUUCAAGGUGAGGCCGUUUGUAAACCAAGUUUUGGAUGCAUUUAGUGAUGUGUAUUCCCCUGACAAAGACUUGAGUUUUGAUGAAGCAACUUGUGCUUGGAAAGGGAGGUUGAGAUUUAGAGUUUACAACCCAGCAAAACCUACCAAGUUCGGCAUCAAGCUCUACCAAGUUUGUGAGGCAAAGUCGGGGUACUGCAUUGGCUUCGAUAUCUACACUGGAAGCACACCUUGCACUCAGUAUGCAGAUGCAAUUGGUGUAGAUGAAGACUACACCAUGACUACAAGAACAGUGAUGGGCCUACUAACAAGAUGUGGACUUCUAGAUCGAGGACAUCACGUUUAUAUGGACAAUUACUACACGUCACCCGAGUUGUUUGAAGAGUUACGACUUCAUAACACUUAUGCUUGUGGGACACUUAGGAAAAACAGAAGAGGUGUACCAGAAGCCAUCAAAAGAAAUGUAAGACUGAAACAAUCUCAAGUUAUUUUCAGAAAAAAAGAAACAACAGAAAUGCUGGCUGUGAAAUAUCACGACAAGCGAGAUGUUCACAUGCUUACCACCAUCCAUGAAGCCAACAUGUCCGUGCUCAACAAACGUGACAGAACAACCAAUGAAUACAUUGCCAAACCAACCUGUAUUGUUGAGUACAUAAGUCAGAUGGGAGGAGUAGACUUAUCAGAUCAAAUAAGUCAGUAUGACACUUGUCUGCGCAAAACAACGAAGUGGUACAAGAAAUUAUUCUUCCACUUGUUCAACCUGUGUGUCGUCAAUGCGUACCUUUUGUACCGCAAAUUUAACAAUGAUGAGAAAAAGCUAGACAGCCAUGGAUUUAAAAUGGCUAUAGCAACAGCCCUCAUAGAUGAAGCUCCCGAUGUUCCCAAACCUAACACCAGCAAAGGAAGGAAGCAUACAGGAGACAAAGCAGCCCGGCUUACAGAACGCCACUUCCCAGAUCACAUUCCGGCAAAGCCAGGUGCGAAACGAGCUAAGCCAUGUAGGGAUUGCUAUGCCUGUAAUCCAAAGAAAUCCAACAGACAAGGGUUCAAAAUGAAACAGACUACUUUCUGGUGCCCAGACUGUAAGAAACCACUGUGUGUUCCUGACUGCUUCCGAACAUACUUCUCUACAGCAUUACCGAGCUGUAUUGUUACCUGGGGCAGGUAA